AUGUUGAAACAAGCAAAUAGAUCUGAACCUGCACUACAUAUUAAUGAAAUUGAUGUUAAUGAUAAAUAUAAAUUUCUUAAACAAAUUGGUAAAGGAAGCUAUGGUGAAGUAUGGCUUGUUUUACCAUUACGUAAUUCAUCAUCAACAAAAUCCAGUACUAAACAAUAUGUACUUAAACGAUUAGAUCUUCGUCAACAAUCAAAUGAAACAACACAAAAUGAUAUUGAAGGUGCUGAACGUGAAGCUAAAUUAUUAUCAACAUUGAAACAUCCAAAUAUUGUUGCAUAUAUUGAGUCAUUUCGUUCAAAUGAUGGUUUUCUUAAUAUAGUUAUGGCUUAUUGUGAAGGUGGAGAUUUAUAUACAAAAUUAAAAGAAAGAAAAGCUAAUAAACAACCUCUAACAGAAAAUCAAAUUGUUGAAUGGUUUGUACAAAUUUGUAUGGCUUUACAAUACAUGCAUGAUAAAAGUAUUCUUCAUCGUGAUUUAAAAACUCAGAAUAUUUUCUUAACUAAAAAUGAAAUUGUUAAAGUUGGAGAUUUAGGUAUUGCAAGAGUAUUAGAUUCAGGAAAUGAUUUAGCAACAACAAUUAUUGGAACACCAUAUUAUAUGAGUCCAGAAAUAUUUUCAAAUAAGCCUUAUGGUCAAAAAUCGGAUAUUUGGGCACUUGGUUGUUGUGUUUAUGAAAUGACAACACUUGAACAUGCAUUUAAUGCGAAAGAUAUGAAUUCACUUGUUUUAAAAAUAAUUCGUGGACAAAUGCCACAAACAUCAAAAAAAUAUAGUGAACCAUUAACAGCUCUUAUUAAAUCGAUGCUCAGUAAAAAUCCAGAUGAACGUCCUACAGCGAAAAAAAUCUUACAAAAUACUUAUAUUAAACGACAUAUUGUGCGAUUAUUAGAAAAAACUAAAAUCAAAUGUCAAAAUCAAGCUAACUCAAAUACUCCAAUAUCAGUCGUUGCUCCAUUGCCAAGUGCUCCUCCUCCUGUUCCUCCUUCUCCAUCUUCUUCGACGCCUCCGCCUUCAUUUUCUCCACCUACUCCAAUAAAUUCUGUUAUUCCAUCUAUAUCGAAUGAUGCCAAGUUACCACAUUCAUCAGCUAGUUCUCCAUCAUCAAAAAAAUCUCUAGGAGGUCGUUUUUCAAAUAAUAAUACUCCUGUACUUCCUUCUUUUCCACCAUUACCACCGUCACAUAAUCGUCCAUCAAGUAACAUCAUAACAUCAUCAUCAGGUUCCUCAUCUUCAGCUGAUGCUAGUCGAUCAUUACCAUCGAGCGAUGUUAAUCAAUCAAGUGAUGCACGUGCUCGUCGUCGUCUUCGUGUACGUUUAAGUAGUCCAUUAUCCAGCAAUGAUCAACAAGCGGAUUUAAAUUUUCUAUCCAAACUUAGUCAAAAUGAUACAUUAAAACGUCGCCAACGUGAUCAACAACUAAAUAAUCAUUUAAAACAAUAUCAACAAGCAUCAUCCGAUGAUGAACAUGAAAUACCAUCGAAUGCUAAUCCUUCUCAACCAGUUAUUGUUGUUGUUAAACCAAAAAGACACGUAAAGCAAAAUUCUGCGGGAUCAUCAAUUGAAUCGAAUCUUAAUAAAUUAUCAUUUGAUGAUGAUAUGGAUCUUUAUGAACAUGAAUCAAAUAUAAAUUCUCGACAACAACAACAACAAUCGAAAUUAAAGCCUACAAAAUCAUAUGAUUCAAAUAAUAAUAACUCAAAUUCAAAUGCACGUCAACGUCGUCGUGAUAGUCGCAUACAAUCAUCAAUUGAAUCAUCAAGUCAAAUAACAUCAAAUAAUAGUAAUCAUGAAUUAUCUCAUUCAAAUUCACAAGAUUUAAUUUCAUCUGAAAUUGAAAAGAAAAAAGAAGGAGAAAAAGAUAUGAAUGAUUUACUUUUUAUGUUAACUGCUACAUUAAAAUUACCACCUAUACCAUCAUCUAAUGUUCAAGAUUCUGAUCUUGAUCCAAAUGAAUUAACAAAUAGUAGUAAUGAUAGUGAUAAAACAAUUGUUUAUGAUGGCUAUUCUCCCUCAUUACCUACAGAGCAAAUUUCAAGACCAUGGUCAUCGGGUGAUCGAACAAUGGAAGUUCCGUUACAUCAAACAAAUCAUCUUUAUAAACGUUGUCAAACAUUAAAAGAAGAUUGUCUGCGUGAAAUAAGUCCAGAAAAAUUACAACGUGUUUUAAAUAUACUUGAAAAUGUUAGUCAAGCACAAAUGACAACUGAAAUGAUUACUGAACUCGGCGAAUAUUUAUAUCAAAAAUAUGCUCCACAAAUAUUUUUGCUCAAAUUUUAUGAAGACAAUUUACGUACGCAUACAUAA